AUAUGUAUACGAAUACGAAUUGUUUCCUCUAUUUCUCACUCUUAAAUUUUUAGCCCUUCAAUUCGCCUAGUGUCGGCAGAUUUCUCCAGAGAUUCAGCGCACGUAAUUCUUCUCAACUUUGAAGCUUCGCGGAAUUUUCCAUUUCUCGGAUCUCAGCAAAAAUGCGGAGGCCUGGAUAUCGGCAACCGCUGAAGCAGCAAUUAGGAGGUGUCAAGGCAAUGUUCUUAAGGCUCUCGGUUGCUGUCAUCGUUGUCGUGAUUUGUAUGUUCCUGCUUAUGUCUGCGAUGUCGAGUAGUAAUAGUAACAGUUCGUCAGCUGAGAUUAAUGCAGAGGCACUCUGGGGAACUGCUGCUUCUGAUGGUUGGAGGGCGUCAUCUGCUCCUCGAUCAGAUUGGCCUCCUCCUGCCAGUGAAAGCAAUGGCUAUUUACGGGUUCGGUGUAAUGGUGGCCUGAAUCAACAACGUAGUGCAAUCUGUAAUGCAGUUCUUGCUGCACGAAUUAUGAAUGCUACACUGGUGUUACCUGAGUUGGAUGCAAAUUCCUUCUGGCACGAUGAUAGUGGGUUUCAAGGUAUCUACGAUGUUGAACAUUUUAUUAAGACAUUGAAGUAUGACGUAAGAAUAGUGGAAAGCAUUCCUGAAAUCCGAAAAAAUGGAAAGGUCAAGAAGAUAAAAGCAAAACAGAUUCGACCUCCUAGAGAUGCUCCUAUCAGUUGGUAUACAACAGAGGCUCUAAAGACAAUGAAGGAACACGGUGCUAUUUAUCUUACUCCUUUUUCACAUAGACUGGCUGAAGAAAUCGAUUAUCCUGAGUACCAGCGGCUGAGAUGUAGAGUUAACUAUCAUGCCCUUCGAUUUAAGCCUCAUAUUAUGGAUUUAAGCCAAUCAAUUGUCACUAAACUUCGUUCGCAAGGCCACUUUAUGACAAUACAUCUUCGUUUUGAGAUGGAUAUGCUAGCAUUUGCUGGGUGCUUUGACAUAUUUUCUCCUGAGGAGCAAAAGAUUCUGAAGAAGUAUAGACAGGAAAAUUUUGCAGAAAAGAGACUUAUAUAUGAUGAAAGAAGGGCAAUUGGGAAAUGUCCACUAACUCCAGAAGAGGUGGGUCUUAUUUUACGCGCAAUGGGUUUUGACAACUCUACUAGGAUAUACCUUGCUGCAGGUGAGCUCUUUGGUGGUGAGCGAUUCAUGAAACCUUUCCGUUCCUUGUUCCCCCGCUUGGAGAACCAUAGUACAGUGGACACCACAGGUGAGCUGGGGAAGAACACUAUGGGCUUGUUAGGUUCUGCUGUGGAUUAUAUGGUUUGUCUUCUCUCUGAUAUUUUCAUGCCAACAUAUGAUGGACCAAGCAAUUUCGCGAACAAUCUCCUUGGUCAUCGGUUAUACUAUGGUUUUCGCACGACAAUCCGACCUGAUAGGAAAGCACUGGCUCCUAUCUUUAUUGAUCGUGAGAAGGGUCAUACAGCUGGUUUUGAUGAAGCAGUUAGGCGUGCCAUGUUAAAAACAAACUUCGGUGGACCUCAUAAGCGGAUCUCACCUGAAUCAUUUUAUACUAAUUCUUGGCCAGAGUGCUUUUGUAAAAAAUCAGCUGUAAAUCCUGCUGAUAAAUGUCCACCACAUGACGUUGUUGAAGUCUUAAAUAGUCAAAUGGAGAGGGAAGGAAUCAGUGACUUUGAGGCAAGUGGAUCAAAUUUGACGUUAGCCACAGAUAAAUAGGUUUUCUGUGUGAAGUUUCUUGGUAAUAUUUAUGGAUCUUGAAAUGACGCGACACCACGAGGUCAAACGGAAGAAAUGCAAUGGUUUUCCUUAUCUACGAGUUGGUUUUACAGGUAUAACUUAUCUCAGACCAUUCUAUCUAGUUAUUGUGAUGGUUUUACUUGUACAUUUUUAGUGAUCGAUCACCUUACAAGUGAUAACAGUAAAUGUAGCUGCCAAUGGAUAAAAGCAGCAUAGGAGGUUAGGUUUCUGGGAAAAAAAGAUAACAUAUGGAGAAUAUCCUCGAUUGGUGUUUGAGUUAAUUUUUCGAUCAACGAGAAUCCAGGGAGGUUUCAUAUGUAUGACUAAGGGACUCGGCACCUUCCUUUCGGCAAUAUCAGAGUCAUUCGAUGCUUAAAAUGUCGAUAAUCUGAGCAUUUUAUUUUGCUCAUUUUUUUCCAUUUUGUAUCUUUUUGAGUAUCUGAGGAUGUUGUUUACUUCAUCAGCUGAGAACCAUUGUUGUAUCUGAUUUGGUACGUUCUGAUACGAAAAUAAUACAUUCUUUCCUACAAUU